GCCGGCGUCUCCUCUACCAAACCCCGCGGCUGGAAGAUGUGGCAGCCGGCCACGGAGCGCCUGCAGCACUUUCAGACCAUGCUGAAGUCUAAGUUGAAUGUCCUAACACUGAAAAAGGAACCUCUCCCAGCUGUCAUCUUCCAUGAGCCUGAGGCCAUCGAGCUGUGCACCACCACGCCCCUGAUGAAGACCAGGACCCACAGUGGCUGCAAGGUUACCUAUCUGGGUAAAGUCCCCACCACAGGCAUGCAGUUUUUGUCAGGCUGCACAGAAAAGCCAGUCAUUGAGCUCUGGAAGAAGCACACACUAGCCCGAGAAGAUGUCUUUCCAGCCAAUGCCCUCCUGGAAAUCCGGCCAUUCCAAGUGUGGCUCCAUCACCUCGACCACAAAGGUGAGGCCACGGUGCACAUGGAUACCUUCCAGGUGGCCCGCAUUGCCUACUGCACUGCCGACCACAAUGUGAGCCCCAACAUCUUCGCCUGGGUUUACAGGGAGAUCAAUGACGACCUGUCCUAUCAGAUGGACUGCCACGCUGUUGAGUGCGAGAGCAAGCUGGAGGCCAAGAAGCUGGCCCACGCCAUGAUGGAGGCCUUCAAGAAGACUUUCCACAGUAUGAAGAGCGACGGCCGGAUCCACAGGAACAGCUCCUCUGAAGAGGUGUCCCAGGAAUUGGAAUCCGAUGAUGGCUGAAUGAACUUAGGAUGCUUCAGCAAAGGCAGCAUUGGUCCAGGAAUUCCAGGCGAUUGAUGAAUAAGCAACGAUUCAAAUUUGGGAUGACAAGACUGCCAAAUUAUUGGCCAACCAAGCUUUUUAAAUUCAGAAGAGCAAUUCUAAAUCUAAAGAAAUGUAUUAUUAAAGUAAUUACGUUACAUUGAAAUCUGCUGCUGCUGUGACUGUGAGGAGGGCGGGCGUGUGGAUGGGGAGGAAAGUUCUAGACUCUCUUCUUCUUCUUCUUCUUUUUUUUUUUUUUUUGUUCUCAUUUUCCAGUGCCUCCCUGUAGGAGAUCUUCAUGCCGAUUUUCACCACUCUCAGGCAAAUACUCUGCGGCUGUUAUUUGAUGGAUCAUUCCAACUUGCCUUAUGAAACCCAACAAGAAUGUUAAAUGCACCUAUAAGAGCCCCAGCUGUAGGGGGAGGUGGUGAGCGCCGAUGCCGCCAGGAGGCCCUCCAGGUUACAGGAACAUCUCAGGCAGACCUGAGAGCUCCUCUCCCCUGGCUGGCGUCGGAUUCUCUCCUCAGUGAGCACGUCAGCACAGCCUUUACCGAGCUUUACAACUAACAACCUGAUAGCUGGCAGUUAAUUCACAGUUACAGAUAAUGCUUUUAUUACAUAAGUGUAUCCAGUAGUACCUUCUUAUUGUAUUCACGUCAUCUAUUUUCUUAGCAUACUUGCAACUACUAAGAGCCCCUUUCCUCCUCCCGCCCCAUCCACCCACUUUGCCCGUCCAGCCCACGCCAACAUCCCUCCAGGGAUGCGUCUCCACCGACACCGCAGGCCACCAAAAGGGAAGAAAAUAACCAAGCAGGUGAAAGAAACAAUCAAAGCAGGCGUUUAGAACCACCACCACCACGACAGAAAGUCUGGCAAAAGGGAAUGAGUCAUCAGCAAGCGAACAAACUCCAUGUAGGCAGUCCUGUUUUUUUCAACCUGGAUUUUUGGUCACUUACGUAGUUGACGGUGUUGUCUGAGGAAUCUUCCACGGCAAGCCUCACAUCUGAUUUGGUACCACUAAGGAAGCCCUGCCCCAUCACUCAACGUGGCCCUCGUGUGGGGAGCAAGCUGUGCAAACUGGACUUACCUACAGAACCUCUGUCCGUUUGAUUCUAAAGGAAGUCUGACCUUCUACUCUUACAACUGGAUUGACAUCUUAGGGUCAGUUUGGUGUUUCUAAGGAGAACGUCUCACCAGGAGAGCUUGCGUUUUCUCCCUUCCGUGGAUCUUUCAAUCUCAUAAUGCAAAGAGUCAACAUUAGGGACGUUGAAAAUAUUGGUUAAAAUAAUACAUUUAAGGCCGAGAGCAGACGACUAGCUUUCCAGGUGAUGCUGCUCCUUUCUUGAAGUCUCUUCUUAAUCCUGGUACUAAGGUUAGGGGCUCGGGGACGCCUUCCAGAAGCCUUAAAGGAGAGUCUAUCAAAUUCAGCGAGCAGUGGUGUCGGUGUUCCGGUCUGUGUAUCUGUGUGUCCGUGUAUGCGUUUGUGUGUGUACGUGUGCCCCCGAAGGUGGGUUCAGUCUUAAGGCACGUAGAAUAAGCAUGGGGUCGAAUUGAGGGGAACGCGCCUCUUGGAGAUAUGCUUGUUGCUUGACAACAAAUGUAAACUACUCUUUAGCAUAAAUGCAUUCAUUCUUUAAUAAAAAAUAUGUUUGCAUUAAUAAAGCUGAGGCGUUUCAUACUUUA